AUGGGUAUGAAAUUUGAUGAUGUCUUAUCUUACGCCAACGGCGCCUACUAUUAUGAGGAUUCUCAACUUCAGCCACUUCCGGUAGCCGAUUUUUCGACAGGCUACAAAAUGAGCAGAAAAGAUAUCCAAGACUGGUUCGGCGUCAUCAAUACCUUGCCUGAAGUACCUAAAUACUUCAUUGUGAAUGAGACCUCACUCAAAUCAAACCUGGAGCCAUUUCGCGGCAAUCGGACAUAUGUCAAUGGCGGCUGGGCUGUUUACGAGCCAGUCGAGUGGGUCCCUACUAUGUUUUUGAAUCGGGUGAUUCCGAAGAAUGAGUUUCCUAUCCAAUUUAACCGCACCACGACAUCGAUCAAUCAAACGAAGCUCUACGCUGGUCUCAAGUCUAUGGCCUCGGCAUCCGCAAGCGCCAGCUAUGGAGCAAUGAAAGCAGAAGCUAGCGUGGAGAUCAAAGGAGAAAUUGAGUUGGACCUCGAUACCAAAGUAGUUGAGACAAUGUCCCAAGAAGGAACGCUAGGCUCGAAGCCUGUGCACGAAGUUGUGCUGGGAAUGACUAUCAAGAUGCGUCGAGUUUAUUCUUGGGAAUUCGCCGAGGACGAUGUUACGUACCUGUUUCGUAUAUCACUAGGUCCGCUCGUUGAAGACUGCAGAUGGUCAGGUGCUACAGACGGUGGCAACAGUAUCUCAAACGAGAGUUUCCGCCACGUUUCUGAACUACAGUACUAUGCGGGUUACUAUAAAGCACAAAUCCUUCCGGCAUUCACUAAAGAAAAGGAAGUUAAGAAGGUGCACGUUGCUUUAAAGGCGCCUACGUGGAGCUGUUGGUACGUCUACGAGGAACCAUAUGGCUCGCCAAAGAAUUUUCGAGAGAGAAAUAACACUGAGGCGACGACGAUGGCCUGGCAGACUUUUAAGCCAGUAGCCACUUUUGUAGCAGCAGCAUGA